ACGCAACCAAUAUUCAUUUAAGAUUUCUAUAGAUAAAAUUAUAACAGUAAAAGAUAAGCGAUCAUUUCAGAUAAAAUUUCAAUAAUUAAAAAACAAUUAAAGUGUAAUAAUUCAUAAAUGACUGGGUUUCUUUAGUCGCUAGGUUUCUGUUUAGUGGUAAAGUUGUUAAAAUGUGGUGUUCAAAAGUUCAUAUAACUCUUCUCUUAUUCGAGCUGCAUUUUAUUGCUCUAGACUGCCAUCCUAAGCCAGAGAAAAACAACAUUGAAACAUUUGAAAUAAAGCAAUUACCAGGCGAAGUGGUUGAAUUCAUCAAUACAAAACCAGACGAACCAGUCAUAAGAGAAAUCUUCUUUUAUCAUAUUGUUGAAAAACCAUAUUUGAAGAAGAGUCACAAGACUUCGCCGGAUAAUCAAGAGCCCGACUUCGAUGAGUCCAUCAGACCCUUCACCAAUGGUCAAGGUUACCAAUUCUUCGACUCGCAGUCAAAGGACCCAAUGGAGAAAGAUGCUGAUGACAAAGAUAUUAAAAAGAGGGAUUUUUCCAUAGAUACUAACGACACGACAAUUCCUAUACAUGUUGGUAAAACUAAUGUUGAACGGAACUUAGACAAGAAUAAAAAGACUGAAGAUGAAUCAACCAAAACAACAGAAAAUGAGGAACAAUCCGGCAAUAACAGAAGGAAACGAGAUAUUGAGUAUCAACCAGUAAUGGACAAUCACCGAAGUGUUAUCUACACAAAUUCACCCAAAAACACGAACGCUGAGAAUAAACCUUUUAAAAAUAAAGUGAGAAAUAUGUUCAAUAAUUUACCGAGUGCUAAACAAAGGCAUACGUAUGGUAUGAGUCUGCAUAACGGAUUUGGUAAUAUGUGGAAUAAUAUACAAUCUCUGCCAUUUAUAAAUAAAAUUGGAUCACUGUUCACUACGAAACUACAUAAUGAGAUAGAAAUACCAAUUAAGAAUAAAAAAGAUAUGGAACCGGUUGUAAAAGAAAAUCCCUUACCACCAUACAUCACAAAUCUGAAAAUAACGGCAGCUCCAAAGAUUUUGGAACCAACAAAUAUCAAACCAGAUACAAAAAGUAAGCCGAAUACAUCUAUGGAAGAGCAAUUUGUUUCAAGCAAUGUUUUAAGUACAAACAAAACGCAAGAUUCCUUUAAAGAUUCAAGUUCAGAGCCUGAAGGGUUUACGUCAGAAAAAAAUGAAAUACGUCCAGGAAAGAUUUACGUAAAUGAAAACCAAAAGAGAUCGAAUGAUGAUAGUAAUGAGCUUCCAGAAAGCAAUGAUUUAACUGACGAUACAAAAGAGGCUUUUGUCAAUCAAAACAAUAUAAAUUUAAGUAUUGAAAAUAAAAUUGAUGAAGCUCCCAAAGACAACUUGCAGUCAGAUGUGGAUGAAAUAGAGAUCAAUCCAAUUCCAAUAAAGACAAGUCCAAAAAUUAACGAUAAUACAAAAGAAAAUAAUGAAGAUAUUGGCAAUAAUAAACACAGUUCAUUUUAUGAAAAACUAAAAAAGUCAUUUAAAAAUCUUUUAAAUAAGCUACCUUUCAAACAAAAUCCUUUACGCGAAAAUAAAGUUAAUGAAAGUAUAGGACCAAAAAAAAUUCCAACAAGAUUGAACGAAAAUAAUUCAGGUACAUAUGGUAUGAGUUUAAAAAAUAAUGCAGGAUUUGUUUGGAAUGAUUUAGACUCCAAACAUGCUACAUUUAUUAAUGUAGGUGAAACACCUUUAGUUGACAAAAGAGAUCAUAUACCUACAGAACCAAAUGCAGAGCCAACAGACAUUCUAUCACAUUUUAACGAUAAUAUUGUAAAGCCAACAAGCUUAACUACCACAACAAAGAUACAUACAAACAAACAGACUGAUUCAAUUAAAACAACCUAUGAAAUUCCUACUAAUACAGAAAAUACGUUUACUACAAAUAAUUUAGAAAUAACCCCCAAAAUAAAGUUCGAAACAAACGAAACAAUGGAUAACAAUCAUACAAUUACAAAAUCCGAUUCCACUACUGCAAGUGAUAUGACAACACCGAAAUUAACAACUAUGACUACGGAUACCAAGACUUACGUUCCAGAGACUUCAAACACAACUACGGAGGUGAUAAAAAGCACGGCAAAUCAAUCUGCGUUUAAUAAGACUGAAAUUACCACAGAUAAUAAAGAAAUCACUACAACCAAAUAUGGAGAUACCUUAGCAAAUCUAACUACUACCGUUGAUAUCAAAAACCAGACUCACGUUUCAGACAGUUUAAAAACAACUGAUGUUGUUUUAACAACUACAGAAGUAAUAAAAACUACGGCCAAACAAAUUACUUUUAAUAAAACCGAAUUGACCACAGAUAAUAAUGAAAUCACUACAACCGAAUAUGGAGAUACCGUAACAAAUACAACUACUACUAAUGAAGCUAAUACAAAAAUUGACAAUACAAACCAAGUUAUAACAACUCAAUCUUCAAGUACAACUAUAACUACUGGACCCCAGGUGUCAAAAACUGAUUUUGAAAGCACUACUACGAUUACAAGAUUAAAUAAAACAAGCGACAAAAUAUCAGAACCAAAUGCAAAAAAAUUUACAGAAACUUCAAAAAGUAAUGUGACGACGGAGAGUCCAGAAGUUAAUAAUAGCACAACAGAAGCUCAAUCAAAAAACAUUGAUGAUAUAGAUACACCGAAAAACGACACGAAAAGUCAUUUAAAAGGAGAGUCCAUAAAAUCAGAUUUAAAUAAAUUAUUAGAAAAGAAAGUGUUUUGGGACUGGCUCUCCGCAUGGACAUCGGCCUAUUUCGACGUUUUAGAUGAGAGCGUAAAGGACCUAGUGAGAGAAGAAGUGGCUUUGGAACUUAAAAAUAUAACCGAAUUAAUAAAAAAUAAACAUAACGACGAAACAGGUAUAUCACCAACAGCAUCGAGACCGGAAAUUAAUUCUACCAAAACAAACGAAAUAAGAAAAAGUCAAGACGACUCAUACGACCAUAUAACAACAUCAAAACCCUCUGUUAACACAAGCGAUAUUGAAACAAGCGAACGCAAAAACCCAACAAAUUAUAGCAGCGUUAACAUAGCUGGAGAUACUAUAAAUGGCAAAAGUGUUGAUGUUACAAACAUAUUUAUAUUUAUGAAUGACAACCAGGACAAUACUUUAAAACCAAUAGUAAAUAAAUAUAUAAAAUAUGUAAAUGACACAAAUAAGAAGAUUACUGAAUCUACAGAUAACGUAACCGUUGUUGUAACAACUACAUCUAGAACACUUAUAUCAGAAAAAGACGACGAAAAAACUAUGUCAAACGAUACUUCUAGCUUAACCAAUAAGAGUCAUACAACAAAAUAUAAUACAGACUCAAGUUUAAUCUCGGCAACGAUCACCUCUGCCGCUUCUGAAAUUACAUCAAAUAAAAUCCCAGCGACUGAAAAUUCUACGAACAGUGACGGUACCACAGAAAAGAUAUUGACAACAAUACAUAAACCAAACUUAGCAGUUCCAAGCCCUUUGACCAAAAUAAAUUCCUCAGAGAAAACCGCUGAUUCUGUUAUAUUAGACAAUAUUAAUGUAACUACAAUUUCUAACAACCUAGCUACAGAAACGAUUUCAACAACUUCUACGAUUGACAAAACAAGUACUAUUAAAUCAAUCAGUGUAACUGAACCUUUAAUAACAACAAAAUCUGCAAAUAUAUCUACGAAAGUAACUACUUUAACUUCUCCCUUGGAAAAUACCAUGACAACUACUCAAAUAUCGCCCAUAACCACAGAAAGUAGUAUUGGUAAUGUAAAUACAACAAAAGUAACAACUCAAACGGUUAGUUCGAGCAGUUCUGAUUCAGCUACAGCAACUACCAUUUCUAACAACCUAGCUACAGAAACGACUUUAACUACGAUUGACCUAACAAGUACAAUUAAAUCAACCAGUGUAACUAAACCUUUAACAACAGCGAAAUCUGUAAAUAUUUCUACGGAAGUGACUGUUUUAACUACUCCCCUGCAAAAUACUAUGACCACUACUGAAAUAUCGCCCAUAACGACAGAAAGUAGAAUUGGUAAUUUAAGCACAACAAAAAUAACAACUCAAACGGUUAGUUCUAACACUCCUACUUCAGCUACGGAAACCCUAAAAGCUGAUUCUACCAUAACUACUACAACUACUGACAGAAGUACUACGUCCCUGAAUAAAAAAUAUUCAAAUCAAACAACAUCUACAACAACUCCCGCACUACAGAAUAACAGUAAUGAACAAAAUUCUACGACAUUAAAUAACACAACCAAUUCAACAACAGAAGGACCGACCACAAUUAGCACGUCGAGCACAGAAGCUACUACGUCAGAUAUGAAAAUUGGAGUAAACGCCACUACAGAGGCCUCUAUCGUUAACGCUACUUUAAUGAAUUCUACAAUUAAAGAGACAAAUUCCAGCGGUAACAGUACUGCAACUGUUAGCGGUAAAGAUAUAAAUUUGACAACAGAAGUAACUACGAUAAAAGAAUCUACAAACAAUACCGAAACGCCAACAACACAUUCUGAACCGCAUCCAACCACUGAAGGGCCCUUGGCAAACAACUCUGCUAUUAAAGAUUCUCUACCAAAUAUUACAACUGCUGUGACUAACUCUACAAUGAAUUUUACAGAAUCUUCGACACUUGAAAACUCAAACAGUACAGAUAGUAAGGCGACUCAAGAUACUAAGACUACAACAGAAAAGGCUACGCAACCUACUACAAUAAGCACCACAGUACUAGAUAAAGUAAAUACAAGUGAUACCACCACAAGUCCAAAUAAGAGAUGAAAUCUUUUAAAAUAUGUUAAAUAUAUGCUAGCAUUGAAAUAGUUUUAAUAAAUAACUUACUUUAAGAUGUUCACCAUCAAACGGUUGAUAAUUAUAAUGAAUUGUUUUAACUUAAAAAUAACCAAAUUACAUUAUUAUGUAUAUGACCAAAGGCCAUAACAUACUAUAUGGUAGUAUAGGCAAUUAGACAUAUUUUACAUUUUACUAGAAAAUAACUUAUGUACAAUAAGGAUAUUGGUAGUAAAGUAUAAAUAAAACAUUAAAUUGAACACAUUUAUUUCUUAA